AUGAGCUUCAAUCAAGAGUGCCAAGAGGCAUGUGUGCCUCUGUCAUAUCUCUCAGCCUCAUCUUCUCGGCUUCUGAAUGGGGAGCUAGGUAGCCUGUCUGGUACAUUACCCGUGUUACCUGUCCGCAGAAAAACCCUUUUGACUCCAAGAGCAUCAAAGGAUGUACCUUCCAGCUUCCGAUUUCCUCCAAUGACCAAAAAGCCACAAUGGUGGUGGAGAACUUUGGCAUGCCUACCUUACCUAAUGCCACUGCACGAAACUUGGAUGUACGCGGAAACCGCUUACCAUCUCCACCCGUUUCUAGAAGAUUUCGAAUUCUUAACCUACCCGUUUCUAGGCGCCCUUGGGAGGUUACCGGGCUGGUUCCUAUUGGCUUACUUCUUUGUAGCUUAUCUUGGGAUAGUGAGAAGAAAGGAGUGGCCUCAUUUCUUCAGGUUCCAUGUAGUGAUGGGUAUGCUGCUUGAAAUCGCACUUCAGGUUAUAGGAACCGUUAGCAAGUGGAUGCCUCUCGGAGUCUAUUGGGGCAAGUUUGGGAUGCAUUUCUGGACCGCUGUUGCUUUUGCUUACCUGUUUACCGUCCUUGAAAGCAUACGGUGUGCGCUUGCUGGUAUGUACGCAGACAUCCCGUUCGUCUGUGAUGCUGCGUAUAUCCAGAUUCCAUACGACUAA